UUAUACUUUCUUAUUUUAAAAAAAGCCAACCCAUCAUCCUCUUCUCAAUUUCAAUUCUGUAACCCAUAUCAGCUCCUCCGCUUGAAAUUCUCUACGACGGAGACUGCAAGUUCCGAUUUUGUCAUCUACCCUCGAAAUAAAAUCUAUAUACGGAUCGAAUUAGGGUUCCUACAUUGUGAAUUUGAAUAUUUUAAGUUUCAAUUAGCUGAUUGCUGUGUUUGAAGGGAAAAGGGUUAAUGGAAGGAGAGAAUCCGAUAGAAGAUCGUGGCUUUUUGGCCGCUCCUGUGACAUUCUUCCUCGUCGUUGUCUUCCAGUUGCUGCUAUCAAAGUGGCUCGACCAAUUGAAGAAGAAAGGGUCGAGUAAUAAUAAUACAAAGGAAGCAGAGCUGCGAUCCGAAAUUAAGCAGCUUUUGAGAGAGGCCACUGCAUUGUCUCAGCCAGCCACAUUUGCGCAAGCGGCUAAACUUAGGAGGUCGGCAGCUACUAAAGAGAAAGAACUUGCACUAUAUAUGGAGAAGCAUAAUAAAGAUGUAAAUCUGUCUUACGAUCUGUAUGGAAACGUUCUGAUUGUUUCAAAGGUUGUGGUAUACCUAAUCUUGGUACUUUGGUUCUGGAGGACUCCGAUUGCCAUGAUUGCUAAGCAACUUGUUCAACCCUUUGGGAGGUUGUUAUCUUGGGGAACAGGAGGUCACUUGGCAGGCCAUGUGAUGGUUGGGAUCAUACCGUGGCUGAUACUCUCAACCAGAGUGAGCAAAUAUGUGUGCAAGUUCGUGGAGUUCUAAAUCACAUUCCUCAACAAAGUGAAUUUUUAUAAUGUUCUUCAGUUUAAAGUUGUAGCCUUUUUAGGAGACACUUGUGCCAUAAUUGUUUAUUUUUCCUCAUCUAACUUGAGCAUUUUUGUACAUUAUAUAGAUGAUAGAUCCUAUUCUCCGGUUUAUGCUGGAUUCUACCAAUAACAAAUGGCAUUGAAGCA